CGUCGUCACCCAAUGACUAAGCAAAACAUUCAUACUCGCUUGCUGACGGUGGUAGGGAAGAAGAAAAAAAGCCACGAUGACGGUCAAGGUUCACGGAUGGAUCUGGACUAUUUUGGCCAUGGGAUAUUUGGUGUGGCUCGUUUGUACAGAAGAUAAUCAGACAGUGUGCCAUAAAGUAGUGAGGAACUUAGAAUCACAUUUGAUCCCCUAUCAGAGCAACUACACCGAAACGUGCUGGCUGUUCCUCACAUGCGCCAGAUCUCGUACGAAAUACAUAAACGAGUCAUAUAUGACGUAUCGGUUGGAAAAAAAGUACUGCGAUGGAUUCAGAAACGCGAGUGGUACCUGUCAGAAUUUGCGUUGCAAGAAGCGCGCAAACGCGUUUACCUGCGACUGCGAAAAUAAUCCAGGGGAAUGUUUACACACAUGCAAAACUUGUUACCAACGCAUCAACACGAAAUCACAGUGCCAUAAUCUAUAUUAUUAUGACAAAAACAAAAUCUCAUAUUCUACACCAUGUCCCAAAGUUUGCGCUCAAAAAUGGUGUAAAGUGACGAAAGUAUGCAAUUGUCCGGGUGGUUACGUGAGUAACGGUGCAGCAUGUCAACCAAAGUGCAAGCAAGGCUGUCUCCACGGAAUAUGCCAAGCUCCUAAUUAUUGCAAGUGCUACUGUGGCUGGGGCGGACCUUCUUGCGAAGAAGCACAACUAUGCUUAGUCGCCUCUCCAAUCCCUGGAUCAGAUAGAGACACCAGCCAGCAUGCAGUACUGAGCAAACCCUGCAUAGCAGAUCGUUCUUAUGCCAGAGAAGCAUUGCCUGCGUGCCAUCAAAAGUGCCCCGAGGAACUUUAUAAAAAAGCUGCUUUUUACAUUUCGCCUUCCAAGACCAAUGGACUUACGUACUAUUUGAUUCCCAUCUAUACAAACUGCAGUACCACUGAACUAGAUGAGACAUUUCUGGAAAAACAUAACAACUUGAUAGCAGGAGUAAUGCUAGGAAUAUUAGCAAGUUUGGCAAUUAUAUGGAUCUUCUACAUUGCAUGUAUCGUGAAGCAAAAACGGAGAACGGAAAGUAUGCCAAGUGAUAAAAUAGUGCAAUAUAGCAGCAACGAAUUCAUGGAAGAAAACUCAAUUUACGUAGCCACCACAAACGACAACUGAAUUUCCUUCCCGUUAACAUGGUUGUGCAAGUAUUUCUCAACCGAAAAUUAGGAAGUACGCCUCAAUUAGGAUUAAUUACACACGAAAUUACGUAUUCAUACUGCAACACGUAAUCUUAGCCUCGGUCACCACGUGAGGUUUUCGUUUCAUUGUAAAGUAUCAAACGAACUUCAACGUGAUAUGAAAUUGAUUACUCGAUUGUCCUCAAUUACCUACACUUAUAAAUGACGAUGUGAGAUGAAUCAAAUGAUUCUUUCCAUUGCUGAAUCUAUGUAAUGAUUUAACAUUCUCGCCUGGAAUGCAUAUCGUCUAUAUUAGAAUAUAUCGAAGAAACGAAUGAAAUGUAAUGAUAAAAAAUGGAUUAUUAGUCAUAAGAUAGUAAAUUUCGAGUUAUUAUAAUGUCAGGUUCCCAUUUACAAAAAUAGUUUAAUCUGUAAAGUGUGUAGAUUUGCUACUUGCAAAUAAUUAUUCAACCACAGAAUCUGAGGUUCAAAGGAGACGAUUUAGUAUUGUUGAAUACAAUGAUUGAAGUGAGGAAAAUAAAAUCGAACGCAGAAUUUGUGUUUGAAUUUGGGCUCGAUUACAGAACCGUAGAUUUCAGGGUUGAAUAAUUUAAUGACGCAAUUGAAUUUGGCUCCACGAGUGGCGAAUCGAAGUAUCGAAUU